UGGUGUAUAAAAAGGAAUUAACAAACCUGAGUCUACUUGGAGACUGUGGCUGUUGUAAGACCUGUUAACACAUCGUUAGCUCACUAGAGGAAUUAACAAACCAGGAUCUACUUGGAGACUGGCUGGUUAGGAUUAGGAUCUCUACGGAAACAUGGGGUGGACAGCUACUGUCUGCCUGGCUCUGAUAGUCUUCGUGGCGGCAACGCAAUGGACGCACGUGCGAGCUCAAGUUGAUGGUCAGUGGGGAACCUGGGGUGUUGCUGUGCCUGGUGCCUGCAGUGUAUUGUGUGGCGGUGGAACUAGACCAUGGACUCGUACUCGUGCGUGUAAUAACCCUGCACCACAGAAUAACGGACGCUUCUGUGUGGGGUCAAGCACUUUAUCUGGCACAGAACCCUGUGAAACUGACCCAUGUCCAGUUCAUGGCCAGUGGGGACCAUGGGGAGCCAGAGUAGAUGAAGCCUGCUCAGUGUCGUGUGGCAGCGGAUCUCGUCCAUGGACUCGGAGACGAGUUUGUGAUAAUCCCAGACCGGAAAAUGACGGAAAUGAUUGCGUGGGCUCGGCCGUUGAAACUGGAACCAACCCAUGCACGGAAGUUGCAUGUCCAAUAUGCAGAAGAGUGACAGACAUCGUCAUCGUUCAGGAUGGGUCAUUCAGCAUAGGAGACAAUGUUUUUGCUACUUCUGUGAAGACUGCUCUGCAAGGACUUACGACUAAACUGUUUGCCUUCAGCACGAAGGUGUCCAUGGGUCUCGUGUUGUUCAGUCAUGCUUUGGAUGCCAAUAUUAGCAUGACCACAGACAUCAGUGGAUACAGAUCAGGAAUUGUUGGUCUUCCUUAUCCUGCUGGUGGCACCUUUACGUGGUUGGGUAUCAAGGCGGGUGCGCAGAUGAUUUAUCAGCUGAACCGACAGACAUCUUCGACCAAGUUGAUGAUUGUUAUCACUGAUGGAGAGAGUGCCAAUACAGCAUUAACUGCUGAAGAGGCACGGUUGGCUAAAUCAAAUGGCAUUGUUAUAUAUGCCGUAGGAGUAGGCCAGGCAACGGUGUCAGAAUUGAUGGCUAUAGCGUCUUCGCCAGACAAAGUGAUUCGAGUUGCCAACUUCGACGAUCUUGCUAAUCAGCUUCUAAACAUAUCUAUAAAUUGUCCAAUUGAUGGCCAGUGGGGACCGUGGGGAGCCAGAGAAGAUGGAGACUGCUCUGUGUCGUGUGGCAGUGGUAUCCGUCCAUGGACACGGCGGCGAGCUUGUGAUAGUCCCAGACCGGAAAAUGACGGAAAUGAUUGCGUGGGCUCGGCCGUUGAAACUGGAACCAAUCCGUGCGCACAAUUCGCAUGUGGAAUCGACGGUGCUUGGUCUUUCUGGACUAUUCUACGAAUGGAUCCCUGUGAUGUCACUUGCGGUACUGGCAAUCGGUUACGGGUAGACACACGAACGUGCGACAACCCAGCACCUACAAAUAAAGGAAAAUAUUGUGAGGGGAGUGAAAGAAAGACUGUCCAGUUGUCCUGUGAUACACAAGUCCCGUGUUCUGGUAAGAUGCUCUUCCACGAACAACUACUGAUACGCUUUGGCAGCCACGGGGGUAUUUGUCUGCUGUUUGUGAUGUCAUUUAUAGCCAUCAUUAGACUCGUUCUUAGAAAGCGAACAAAAGCGACCGAGUCGAGUGUAAAAUUCUCCACCAUGUCCGGAUCAGUUGAUCUUUACGACGGUAGACAAUUUGAGGGUUCUCAGGGUGAACUACCUAUGGGUUCGUCUCUGAUGCAGCCAGCACCUCCAGGAGAGAGUCUCAAUCAGAAUGCAAUACGACUGGCAGGAAACAAUCAACCGGAGACAAAGACUGACAAAAUAAAUGUGUAA